AUGCAAGAGUCUACCUGGCAUCAAAAGUCAAGAGUCCAGUGGUGUAAACUUAGAGAUAGAAACACUCGUUUCUUCCAUUUAUCAGCCACAACAAGACCAAAAAAGAAUCAAAUUUUCUCUUUGGAUGUUGAUGGAACAAUUUUGACGAAACCUUCUGAUGUGAAGAUAGUUGUAUUCAAUUUCUUUAGUAAACUAUACUCUUAUCAUGAUAGACCUAAAGCCUCAUGCUGUAAUCUGGACUUUCUAAAGCUUCAGCCCUCAUCCUUGGCUACUUUAGAAAUUCCAUUCUCUGCAGAUGAGAUCAGAAUUGCUGUAUGGGAUUGUGAAAGAAACAAAGCUCCAGGCCCUGAUGGUAUUAAUUUCUUCAUCAUCAAGAAAGCAUGGAACAUUAUAGGCGGGGAUAUUGUCCGAAUGGUGGAUGAAUUCCAUCGGACAAACCUUCUUCCUCCAGGAAUUAAUAACUUUUUUGUUACCCUUAUCUCGAAGAUAAAAGGUGUCAAUAGGUUGAAGGAUUUUAGGCCUAUUAGCUUGGUGGGAAGCCUUUACAAGAUCAUUUUGAAGCUGCUAGCAACCAGAGUGAAACAAGUUAUGUCAGAAGUCAUCAGUGAUCACCAAAAUGCUUUCAUUCAAAGGAAGACAAAUUCUAGAUAG